AUGACCAGGGGGACGUCUCUGAAACCCAGGCGGGUCAUGGCGGCGAAGACGGCGUCGAGCUGCUGGUCGAGGAGGUUGGUGUAG